UUAGAAAAUUUAAGAAUAUGCUUUUUGAGAAUAGCAGAAAAUUAAUACUUCAUAAAUAACUCGUGUAAAGAGAAAAAGAAGAUUUUCAAAAUGGUCAGCGGGCUUGUGUAACAUGUAUUUUUCAGACGCCAUUUUGUUUGGUGAAACAGACAUGCUAUAGGAAUUUAUGUUCGAAAAAUUUGAGACAUUUGACCAUGAAUCGUAUUGUACAAUGUGAUUUCUAACAUUGAAGGGACAAAAAAUGAGUGACGAAGAAAUGGAUGAGGAAUCCAUAAUGCCAGCCGAGUCAAAAGAAAGCCAGAUAGGCGAGAAGUGGAUUGAUGAAAUUAAGAACAGUCCCUCUGUUUUCAAAAGGUUGUUUUUCCAACUACUAUCUAAGCACGCACUCAGCUGCUUUGAAAUAACUCAGACACAGAUACUUAAAGCUAGCGUUAAAGAGGACAAAUUUCAGGAGAAGAUUUUAAAUGUUUUGGAGUAUUUUCUUUGCGGAGAAGACCCAUCGUCAGCAUUCGCAAAAAUCCAAAGUCAGAAUAAACCACCACAACUUUGCGGUAGAAUGUUUAAGUUUGGUGAUCCAACGUUUAACUGCAGGGAUUGUGGAUAUGAUGGCACAUGUGUUCUUUGUAUUGACUGUUUUCAAAAGAGUAUUCAUAAAGAUCAUCAGUACAAGAUGAACACAUCUUAUGGUAGUGGAUUCUGUGAUUGUGGUGAUCCUGAAGCAUGGAAAGAUGGUUAUUCAUGUGAACUACAUCAACAAGGAUCUGAUACAGCAGAAGAUCAACAACAGAGUCCAGUUGAUAAGCUGCCAGCUGACUUGGUUCAACGAGCAGAGAUGCUCUUUAAAACUGUCCUUCAGCAUGCUGUUGAGAUGGUUUGCUGGGAUAAAACAGGACAGCUACCAGACACACUUGGAAUAUCAUGCAAUGAAGAUUACUUUGUGACGAUGCUGUUUAAUGAUGAGCUUCAUACRUAUGAUGAGGUGAUAACAACCCUUCAAGAAGCAAUUCCAGGUUGUGACCGGGAAAAAGCUCUGGCUUAUGCAAAUAUUGUAGAUAGAGAGGGGUGGUCACCAGUAAGAGUAGGAAACUACAUUACUUGUGAAGCAGCCAGGAAAAUAAUGGAGAAAGGCACAUCAGGACCUACUCGUAAUCCAUUAAAAUGUAAAGUAAUGCAUCUCAAGGUUGUGGCUCAUCAGUUAAUUAUGCUACGCUUAUUAGGAUGGAUCAACAAAGUUAUUGGUUAUUCAGAGGGCCUCAGAAGACUUCUAUGUGAAACUGCUGUUGUGCCAUUUGAGGAUGGGUCAUUACUAGACAGAAUCUUUCAAGAGGAUGCAAAUUUAUGGAAAGUUGCAAGAUCAAAGACGCAUGCAGUUUUUAUGAAUAGCAUGAUAAUGGAUGGAGAGGGCAAGAAAUGGUUUGCAAUACAUUUUACCAGGAAUUAUAAGAAACUCAUGGAAGAGUUUGUAGCUGAUGACCAUGAGCAUUCAAUAUCUGCAACAUCCUUUUCUGUGCAAAUAUUCACAGUUCCAACACUGGCAAGAAUGUUAGUGUUAGAACACAAUGUCUUGAUAGUAAUUCUACAAACAUUUAUGGAAGAACUGAAGAAAACUCUUGGAGAUAAUGGUACUUAUUUGCUUCAUAAUCCAUGGUUUCAACCGUUGAGGAGAGCGCAAUAUGUUUUGUUUGAUUUAAAGUACAUUCUUCAGCAUAAACCUGAUAAUUGGACUGAUGAACUUCGUGAAACAUUUCUAAAUUUCUUUGAGUUAUUUCUCAGUUUACUUAAAAACAUGCAGGGUAUGGACAUGGUUACUCGCAAGACUGGCCAACACGUUGAAAAUGAUCCUGAAUGGGAAUUAGCAUUUACUCUUCAGAUGCGCAUAAUGCCAUUACUCUCAAUGGUUUGUGAAUGGUGUCUUAGUGAUGAAGCCGUUUUCAAGAAGGCUGUUCAAUCUACAACUCUAGCUAUGAUUGAAGCAGGAAAGAAGUUUAAUGUAAUAGAUCUGAAAGAAAUAAAAGUAUGUGAUGAAAGAUUCAAAGUGAUCAAGUAUGAUGUAUCYAAAUCUCCAGUUUCAAUCCAUUUACCUGUAUCAAGAUACUUAGCAGCACUGCUAGCUGGUUGUCAUAGAUACAACAUAGAAUUAUCUACUCUCUUUGUCAAUGAAUGUAAGGAUGAAAAGCUGAAACUGUUUCUUAUGGAGCAGUCCCUACGCACCUUAGUUAUGGUUGCCCAAGUGCAUUCUGGGAUGUGGAGAAGAAAUGGUUACGCCAUAAUGAAUCAAGUAUUCCACUACCAAAAUGUGAAAUGUAGAUCAGAAAUGUACGACAAAGAUGUAAUCAUGAUGCAGGYCUCGGCUUCUUACCUGGAAACUGAUCAUUUCCUUGCUAUCUUGCUGGAAAAGUUUGGUGUUUUGGAUUGGUCACUUCCAAGUUGUAGUGAAUCCAAGAUGGAUGGGGAUAAAUGGACACAUAAAUUAACAAUGGCCGAAGAAUUCCUAGCCUUAAUCAUUGUUAUUGUUGGUGAAAGAUACACACCAGGAAUUGGUCAAGUCUCCUCUGAUGACUUCUACCGUCGUGAAAUUAUCCAUAAAUUAUGUAUUAAAGCAAUGGCACACAGUGAACUUGUCAAAGCUCUACCUUUACCAGACUAUGUCGUAGAGAGUGAGCAUAGUGUAGAUCAUGUCAUGGCUUCUGUUGCAACAUUCAAGAAACCAGGUGUGACUGGGCGUGGUCUUUAUGUGCUCAAAGAAGAGUAUUACAAAGAAUAUAACCCAUUUUUCUAUCACUACAGUAGAAUUGAACAGUCAAAGGCAGAGGAAGAGCAGCGAAAAAGAGCAAAAAAAGAUAAAACCCUUGAUGGUUGUCCACCACCUCUCCCCCCUGAGUUUUGUAGCCCAUUCAAGAAUGUACUGCAACUAUUGUGCUCUAAAGUACUGAUUCGUGUGUUGAGUUGCAUUUUAUCUAGAGCAGCAAGUGGAACAUCUAACACUGUUACCCAUAUGCACACACAUCAGGCCCUUCACCUUAUUGCACUUGCUCUUCUGGAAGUAAAGCGACACAGAGARAAAGGAGAAUCUGAGCAAUUUCAAUUUGUAAAAGCAGCAACAAAGAAAUACAAUAACAAUGAUGGUCAAGAAAGUCUUUUAAAGCUACUAGAAGGUCUUCAUGACAAUCCACAUGUACAAGAAUUCUCUGGUUUGAUUGAAUGGCUGCUAAAGAGUUUCCACGAAGAGUUGGAGGCCAUUGAACAAAGGGAAUCUAACAAAGAACUCUGGGAAAAGCUUGGCAAGCUUGAUAGYUCUGACAACCUUGAAGAUGAAAAAGCAAGAAAGGCUCGUCUUGCCCAAGAAAGACGAGCAAAAAUCAUGGCUCAAAUGUCAGCUUUACAGAAAGCUUUYAUUAGRGAGAAUGCUGAUCUCCUUGCAUCAAUGGGCAAUGAUCGUUCUAUGGAAGAUUACCAUAUGACUCAAACAGAUGGUACAAACUCCACAGUCUCAGAACCAGUUGUGUUAGGACAACACCAUGGUGAAAGAGAUCCUAAGGCAAAUUAUUCACUAGAGUCCUGUAUACUCUGUCAAGAACAGCAAGAAGUCAGCACCAAAGGAAGAGCUGUUGUAAUGGCAGCCUUUGUACAGCUUUCCACUGUCUUAUCCAAGWCACGAGGAAAGAUGUUUGAUGAUGGAGAGAACUUUGAUCCAUUGUACCCUCCAUCCGAUAAUUACUGGGGUUUGCAUACUACAAGUUGUGGUCAUAUCAUGCAUAGUGAUUGUUGGCAGAGUUUUUUUGAUUCAGUAGUUGCUAAGGAAAGAAGAGCAUUAAGAAUCAGACAUCUUAUUACUGUUGAUGUCAAUAGAAGAGAGUUUCUAUGUCCAUUGUGUGGUUGUAUCUGCAACACUGUGCUACCUAUCCUUCCUCCAUUGGCAUUAGGCAAGCAUGAAAGUACUUUACAAGAGGUCAGCUUGCAGGAAUAUCUCAGUAGCAUGCAAGAUGUUGUUAUGUCAAACUUGCAUGUUUUAACAUCAAAUCAGGAACCAGACAGCAAAAAAGAAAAUCAAAGUAUUCAUCCCUCUUUAGCAGARAGAUUCCAGGCUCUAUUCCAUGCACUUACUCGCUCUGGGUCCAAGUUUUCAACAACACUCAAAGACAUGAUGAAAGUGUUUGCUCAGUCUUGUUUUACAAUUGGACUUGGUUUAGAGCCUAAUGAGGAUGAUAGACGGGUGUCAGUCAUGGCUUGGACAGCAUGUGCUUAUACGAUACAAAGUGGAGAAAGUGCUUUAAGAGCAGAAGGAAAACCAUUAUUUUCAGGGUUUACACCUCGACAGUCUCAAUGCAUUGGAGCACUAACCAGACUUGCUGCAGUGGUUGCUGGAAUAGCUGACUCUAAUGAUGUCAAACUGCAAUGUCUAAGACUCUUGGCACCCCUAACUCCAGAUUCAAUACCUGAUGUGGAGAGCCCUUGCUUAUUGGAUUUAGACAUAUUUAGUCUCAUGGUCAAACUUAGACUAUCUAUACCAAGCCUUCAAUACAAGAAAGAAACUGAAGRAAGCCCAAGAAGACCUACAUCACCUGGCAUUGACUCUGUCAUAGGUCUUGAAAGUUCUUCAUCAAUGGAUAUGUGCUGCUUUCAGCUUUGCCUUGCUGCACAAAUUGUCAAGACGUUACUCACUACCUCUCCAGAGCUGGAUUCUGAUGAGCUGGAAUCAGUUGAACAGGUAACAGAUGAAGCUAAAAACCUAGCAUCAUUGUGGGGGAAAUUGAGGCACUGGGCUGGUCUUCCUACCUCAGCACCCCAUAUGUUUCCUGGCAGACUCCUAAAACACCUGAGAACAGUAAUGUUACCAUUUCUACGAUGCUCUGCUUUGUUCUUUCAUUUCAUGACAGAAAUUCCUGGACCAGAUACCUUGAAUGAACAUUGUAGUAUAAAGAAGGAAUGGGAUUGUCUUUGUCACUAYUUAUCAUUGCUCCCAUGUUUGACUGACCUACUACAGUGGGAUCAAGACAGUUGUAAUAUCACUUCAUCUGUUAUCACGCUURCAGUAAAAAGAUGGUGCACACAUGAGGUAGUCAGRAAAACCCUUGCAAAUGCUGGAGUGGAAACCCUUGGGUAUUCCCUUACACCCAACCAUUUGCUGCAUCUUCCAAGAGACUACAGUGAGCUUAUCAACAAGGCUUCACUGUUUACUUGUCCUAGUUCUGAAGGUGAUGAGAGUCGUGCACCAGUAUUGUGUUUGAUAUGUGGCAAGAUGCUCUGUUCACAAAGUUACUGCUGCCAAACAGAAGUCAGUGGUGAUAAGGUCGGUGCUUGUGCUGCWCAUGCCCAGAAUUGUGGUGCUGGAGUAGGUGUAUUUUUACGAGUGCGGGAAUGUCAGAUACUUUUGAUGGCCAGUCGUUCAAAAGGRUGUUUUUAUAGUGCKCCAUAUUUAGAUACCUAUGGUGAAACAGACCAGGGCUUACGGCGAGGCAACCCUCUCUAUUUAUGUCCAGAACGUUACAACAAGCUACAAAAACUUUGGUGGUCACACAGUAUUGCUGAGGAGGUUGCUCACUGCCUGGACACAAAUAGGAAUCUACUCUCAAUUGAUUGGCAAAUUCUCUAGUGAUGCUGUAAAAGGACAGUUAUAAUAAUGAUGCUAUAAAAUGCUUGCUAGCUGUGCUUUCCAUGUAUAAUUUAAAGGAAGAGCAAUUCAAUCAAUCUAAUAUGAUACACUAAAGAUAUUAGAGAUUUUUGGUUUAAUUUUGGCUGUGUGAUAUUAUGCCAUUUAACAUCCUUUAAGAAAAGAUAUAUUUUCUCUCAAUUGCACACGUUUAUCUUUUCAAGUAUUAAAAAUGGACAAAAGAUGUAUUUUAAAUGAAGUCAUGUCAAGGAGGUCUUACAAAUAGUAUURCUAUUCAAAUGGUGGUGUAAAACUGUGUUCAAAAGCUAAAUUCUUGUACAAAAGUCCUUUAAAACUGACAUAACUUAAGUAUAAUAACAAGAAAUUCAAUGAAUUAUUUGUGGAGACAUCCACAAAAAGUGAGGGRUUCGAUUAUUAUGACAAAAAUUGCAAGGCCACAGUGCUAUGCUGAAAGUAAGCAAAGUAAAAUAUAAUACCAAAGUGAAUAAGACUGAAUCACAAAUCUGAAUUGAUUUCAGAUAUAGCUCUUUUAACAUUAKAAGCUGUAAUAACAAAAAUAUGCAACAUUUUUUUCCUAGCUGACCGGCACAAUGCAACUUGUUGUGCUCCACUUGACAUACAAGACAAUUAUACCCUAAGUGCUCUAYGAUCAGACACGUGGCCCUAGACUUGUGUYAAGCUUUUGAACCUAGGCUCAGAAUCCUAAWAUUUAUGGAUGAAGUGUACAAUUCAAGUUACAYGUGACAAGUUGCAUGGUGUAAAUCAGCCUACAUGAAUACAGUGGUGACAGAAUUAAUUGCAGUAGAAUUUUUGUUAUUCAGUCUCAAUAGGUAAUGCUGCACAUGUUUAUAGAAAAAAUAGCCAGAUUAAGUGGGCUGGCCCCGGAUUUUGAAUUUCCCUACAUUUUUUACAAAGGAAAAAUCCCUACCAAAAUCUUUACAAGUAUUAUAGGGUAAAAGAUCUUUGUGAUUGUGACUGUAUAGAAUAAAGCGUGCAUGCCUGCCUUGUUAUAUAUGCAUAGACAUUGUUUGUUAUGUUUUGCAAAGAAAGUAGUUUCACUAAAAAUUAUUGAAUAUAAUGAUCCUUUCCUGAAUGUCACCAAGAACAAAAGGACAGCCAUAAAAAAUGAUUUUAGACAUGGGUAGACAAUUGAYAAAGUGCUUGCAUUAAAUUAGUAAUCACUCGU